CCCCGACCCCCCCUCGGGCACGGCCGGACCUUGGGGCGGCGCCGAUCCCCGAGCGGACCCUGCCGGACCCGCAGCGGACAGCACCGAACCGGCACCGGACAGCAUCGGACCGGCACCGGACAGCACCGGACCGGCAGCGGGCGGUCCCCAGGCUCGGCCGGACAGCCCCGAGGCUCUGCCGGACACCGCUGACCUCUGACCGGGCAGCCCCGACCUUGGGCAGGCCGGAGCGGACGGUCCCGAGCCGCCGCCGCUCUUUGCCCGCGGCUCCCGGGACCGGGACCGGCUCCGGUGCCGCCAUGGCCGAACCGCUCGCCCCCUCCGGGUUCCAGUUCGCCAUCGACCGCGGCGGACCUUCACGGACGUGUUCGCCCGCUGUCCCGGGGGCCGCGUCCGCGUCCUCAAGCUGCUCUCCGAGGACCCCGCGUACCGGGACGCGCCCACCGAGGGGAUCCGCCGAGUCCUGCAGGAGGAGCUGGGGGUGCCGAUACCCCGGGAUCAGCCCCUGGACGGAUCCGGGAUCCAGUGGAUCCGCAUGGGCACCACGGUGGCCACCAACGCGCUGCUGCAGCGCCGGGGGGAGCGCUCGGCCCUCGCCGUCACCCGCGGCUUCCGGAACCUUCUGCACAUCGGGAACCAGGCCCGGCCACGGCUCUUCGACCUGGAGGUGGCCAUGCCCGAGGUUCUCUAUGAGGAGGUGAUCGAGGUGGACGAGCGGCUGAUCCCGGAGCAGGAGGGAUGUCACCUGCCAGGGAGUGACACCUGGACACGGGUGACAGGCUGUUCCGGGGUGACCCUGCUGGUGCAGAGGCCGCUGGACCUGGAGCGGCUCCGCUCGGACCUGGAGGGGGUCCUGGCCCGGGGGAUCCGGAGCCUGGCGGUGCUGCUGCUGCACAGCUACGCGUGGCCAGGCCAUGAGGAGCAGGUUGGAUCCCUGGCAGCACACCUGGGUUUCUCUCAGGUGUCUCUCUCCUCCGAGGUGGCCGGGAUGGCGCGGGCGGUGCCCCGGGGUCUCACCGCCUGUGUCGACGCCUACCUGAGCCCCGGGGUCCGGCGCUACCUGAGCAGCUUCUGCGGGGGCUUCAAGAACGGGCUCAAGGGGGUCCCGGUGCUGUUCAUGGGGGGGGUCCCGGUGCUGUUCAUGGGGGUCCCAGAGCCCCCCCAGGACCCCCCCUGA